GACAUACCCGAAAUGUCGUCUAGCAAACGAGCCCUCUUAAUCGCCAGUACCUAUGGAGGCCUAAAUGGAACCCUGAACGACGUCAAGACCAUGGAAGGUCUUCUCACAAAAAGAGACUUCGAGAUAAUCCCCUGCUACAACGAAAAUGCAACCCGUGCUGGCAUUAUAGAGGCCUGGAAUAAGUUGAUCGAGAUCACCUCUCCCGGCGACGCCGUGGUGAUCUACUACUCAGGACACGGAGCCCUAGUCCACGACGAAAAGCGAAAGGAGAAGAACAAAUCAUGGCAGUUCCAGUUUCUUGUCCCAGUCGACUACGACGAAUCAACCGAAGGGGACUUCCGAGGCAUCCUCGAUGUGGAAAUAUCAUACCUGCUUCGUGAUACGACGGACAAAACACGGAACGUUACUAUUGUGAUCGACUGCUGUCACUCUGGUAGGAUGUUCCGGGAUCCAGAUGAGGAACCCGUUAAACACAAAAGUCUUUCAAAAGUACAGUUCCAUGAUUUGAAUUUGUACUUGAAACAGCUUCGGGAGAAAGGCUAUUUCCAUGGGGAGGUGUUUCAGUUAGGGAACCCGUAUGCGGUUCGGAUUGCUGCCGCGGCCACCGCGGAAAGUGCUUGUGAGCAUAUCAAUGCGCGUGGACAAUGGUCAGGGGCCUUGACUGAUGCCUUGGCCAAGGCUAUGAAUGAGACGGAUGGCGUUGAUGUGUCGUGGAGGACUACGCUUGUCAGGGUCUGUCAGCUGGUUAAUACCAGACACCAGUGGCAACAUCCGCAGGUUGAAGGACCUGACACCCGGGCACACUUUUCUCUGCAGCAUGUCAAAUCAGGGGCGCUGUACGUCAGAAUGGAGAAUGGUAAGGCCAUGAUUGACGCAGGAAGUGUGGUUGGUGUGCGAAAGGGGAACAUUUACACUGUUGUUCCCUUUAACCCGGAUGAGGCAGAAGACGGGGAACCAAUCGUGGAAGCUACCGUUACAGCUGUGGCUGCAUUCAAAUCUAAAGCCGUCCUAACCCAUAUGCCAUCAUGGAGGAGUAUACACCGCGAGGGUGCAUUGGCCUUUUUGAAACGGGACGUCGUUGACAAGUUACCUGUGUCUCUUCCCCAAGGCCUGGACGGUCUCCAAGCGGGAGUGGAAGAAUCUAGAUACCUCAGACCUUCCAGUCCGGACGACAAGAAGACUCCCUUAGCGGAAUUUCGCCAUGAAGAGGGCUCUAUUGUGCUGGUCGAUAACCAAGGCGUCCGAGUCAGAACACGCUCGAUCGACAGCACGGAAGAGGAAACAUCUCAAACAUUCAGUGACAUUAUUGCCGAUGCAGAGCUGCUCGCCCGCGCAAAGCGUGUUCGAGAAUUACGCUGCGAAAGAAGACAGGACCUUUUGACACAUAACUUACAGGUAACAGUUGGUACCGUGGAAGACGGCGAACCGAAGGUCAAUUUCCAAAUGGCGGGCAGCGAUCACAUUACCGAGGGAGAGUCCGUCUAUAUCUGUCUCGAGAACGCCGGCAGUACUACUCUCUACGUUUCCGUGCUGAAUAUCAAUGUUGUCGGUACUGUUUCAUCCUUGACCGGAGCAUGGCCCCUGGGUAUUGAGCUCCCUGCUGAGCUUGAUAUAACACUUGGAAGUAAUUCCUUUGAUGAGCUUGUGGGCUCGGAAAUAUCUUGGCCAAACGGGGUUGCAGCUGACCUUCCUGUAGAGGAGAGGUUUGUUAUUCUGGUAUCUAACCGCCCAGUUAGUCUCAACUAUUUGGUGGAAUCGGUAAACCUCGACGUAGAUAUUCUGCGCGACGCCGCCGAGUUUGUCAAAACUGCAGCUCACCUUUACGAUGUCGUCCACGUUCCAUUCCGACUUCACGCGAAGUGUGCCAAUUUGGAUGAUGUUCCUGAUCUAGACGACGAUUCCUCCAGCGAAACCGUUUUUUACGAUGCCCUGGACGAACCAGCGGACCAGUGUAUUCUAGCCGCGAAUCUACCAGAGCCAGAGACGGUGGUCGAAUGGGCAGAUGCUCUGAGCUAUCCUUUAGACUCCGUACCGAAGGGCAUCUUCGGGGCCAUCCUCCGAACCAGCAAGAAUAUCCCACCAUGCAUUCGAGUCAUAAACCAGCAUACCGAGGAGAUAACAGUCGUGGUAUCUAAGUACCGACCUAAUCGAAUGCUAUCAGACGUAGGGAUAAAUGCUUCCGCCACAGGUGCUGGCAUAAACUUUGGCACAACGACAUUCAACGGUCCGGCGACUAGAAAGACUCUUGCUUCCCAAACGGAUGAAUGUGGAUGCUGUGUUGCUACCUUUCCUCUCUGGUCUCGAAGUGAAGGCUUCGGUGUGAUUAGCAUAUUUAAGGGUCCGGAGAAGAUCUUGUAUAUCGAAAACGACCGGGUCCCCGCUGGAGCGACGGCGUACUUUGCGAAUAAGCCCAACCUACGACUUGAGAAGUAUGCUGCCGGACAGGAAUUGGUAUGA